AUGCUUCGGAGGCAGUAUUCAAAGAAGCAGACUUCACUAAGCCUUUUCAAAUCUAAUCCUCCAGCAGUUCGUAGAAUCACAGGACAAUUUGAAAUACCACCUCCACAAUUGCCCUCAAAUCAAGAAGAAGAAAAUACGAAUAAAAUUGAAGAAAAUCACUUAAGUCUAUAUGAUUCUCCUAUUGCAGACAUAAAAGUUCCACAAACUAGCCUUCUUAAGAUGGAUGUAUUUAGGAAUCUGGCGCCAGUAGAAUUAGUUGAUAUUCCUACUCUUCCUCAAAUUGAAUCAUCAUCAUUUCAAGGUAUAUUUGAGAAGAAGAUUGAAGCAUGCUGCCAAAUAUGCCCUUUUGCAGAUGAAGAACUUGAGCGUGUUUCAAUUGAAAGAAAAACAACACAUUUGACCAAAUUAUAUCGACUUUUCUUAGGUGCCAUACCUCAGUCAACCAAAUUAACUGAUAAAAACUACGAGUUACUUUACGGAAUGGUUAUGAGAAAUAUUGUGAGAAGAUUACCAACAAUUGAUCCAUUGGCUCUAGAAAAUUAUGAUGUAUCUCCAUUUACUGAACCUUCCUGGCCCCAUCUCAGCAUCGCAUACUCAAUUCUUGGGAAAAUUUUGGCCGAAUUUCCAAACGCACCAUUUUUUGAUUUUAAAACACUCUCGAACAUACUUUUGGUAGCAGGAUCCGCUGAUGGUCGUGAGAGGCAGCAAAUCGUGAUUUUUAUUUCCAGAUUUAUUUCUUUGAAUCAACAGUUCAAUGAUCCUUUGAUUCAGAAAUUCGCAUCGAUCAUUGAGAAUUAUUUGGAUUCCAUGCAUAAUCCCUUUAUAAUUCUUACGAUUUUGACCACAUUUGUAGCAAUAAUCAGAGAUCUAGGCGAAAUACCUCCUCUUUUUAGCAGAUUCUUCAGACAUUUCAUUGUUCGUCUGCUAAGUGAUAUACAUUUACCAUUUUACGACCAAAUUAUGUGUACAAUCAUUGAUUUAUACAUUGAAGACGAUUCCAGGAACUCUAUAUGCGUUGUUCAUCAAGUAUUACGACAUUGGCCGUAUACGAAGCUUGCAAAACAGUCGAUAUUUUUGUAUUUGAUCAUUAAAUGCUUCCCGAAAUUACCAAACAAGGAAAUCCAACCAAAUCUUACGAGAAUUCUCAAUAUCCUUGCUACAUCAACAGAUUCCGAAUGCUACAGAGUUGCAGAAGCAGCGUUUCAGAUGUGGACAACGCAUGGAUUCGAUCGGAUCAUAAAUGAAAACAUUAAAUUGAUAAAUCAUAUCUUCGCCGUUCAUGUUUUCAAUGCCCGUGAAAAUCAUUGGUCUCCGACGGUUAGAAAUAACGCAAAUUUCGUUUUAUCAAUUUUAAUGAAAAAAGAUCCGAAAUUUGGAAACAACUUUAAUCAGGAAUCAACAAUAGAUGAUGCUGAUUGCAAGAAACUACGAUUUUGGGUUUACAUUGCUCGAGAAGCUUCAAAAGUCGAUCAAUCGUUUGAUCUCUCCAAAAAACUCACAGAAAUUACCAACGUUUGCACUCCAAGACAGAUACAAUCACGUGGAUCAAACGCUUACAUUAAAAGACCAGUCAGACAAAGAGCAAAUUCUUGUUGUGUUUCACAGCCAAGUUCUGCUCCUUCUAGGAUUGCUAGACCAUUCGGUGCUCAUUAG